AUGUUUUUCCGAGCAAUUCUACUGAUAAUUGUUUUCACAAAAAUUCACUCAAAAGUGAUCAUCGACGACGAGAAAAACGAAAAUAACCCGUAUUUUGAUGGAAAAAAGACUGAUGUGCCGAUGAGCGCCGAAUCGGGUGUCGAAUUGAUGCAGCACUGGCUCGACCAAGCUUUCUCGGGGCUGAUGGCUGCAGUGUCGACGAAAAAAUUAGCCCGUUUAAAGCCUCAAUAUCGUCGAAAAGUUCACGAAUGUAAUAAAAAAGCGAAAGAUGUGAAAGGGCACGCUUUAUGCGUUGUGAUGGCUCUUGAUUACGCCCAAGAACCCACGCAUUUGCUUCCAGAAGAAGAGGUGAAACAAAAUAAAACGCUGGACUUCUACGCGCACCACCGAGUCGAGCAUCACGAAGAUUUCGCCGGCUCUUUCCGCCGAGCCAAGCGAGCCAUCCACAACCAGGAGUCCUAUGUGCUUGGCCAUGAGUUGGACAGAUCCCCGCUUGGGGUAAUCUCAAAACAAAUCACUCAAAUGAUCCGGGAUCUCAAAGGGAAAGAUGAGAACGAAGCAAAAAAUUGGAAAACCGUUAUCGCUGAGAUCUCUGAGAAAGCACGAGAGUUAAAAACGCGUGAGAAAAUGCGAACAAUGUUGAAGAAACGUGCCGAAUACUAUGCAAAAGCAGAGAAGAGGGGAGAUCUCAUGGAUUUAGAAAUUGAUGAGCACAGGCCAUUGGCUAUGCCGGAACUUGACGAUCUUGAUGAUAAACUUGAGAAGAAAGAAAUGCUGGAACAAGUACGCAAACAAAUGAAAAAUAUGACGACUGAGCAGAAAGCAAUGGCUGCACCAAUGCAACUUGUAAGACAAGCUGUGAAAAUCGGUAUGAAGCUAUCUGGGAACAAUGUAAGCGAUUUUGAGAAUAAAAACAUAAACCUCAUCUCACCGCGACUUUUCGCCGUCGUUCCCGAAGAUGAAGAGACAAAAAAAGAAGAGAUAAACCUUCUCUCACCAUCUCUUUUCUCUUUGCAUAAUGAAGGUGAUGGUCUAGAGGACAGUUUAUCAAUGACAAAAGCAUUGGAAACUGUUGGUUUAAACGCGGACACACAAGAAUUGAUGGAUAUGAUUCUUGAAGCAUCUGGAGUUGGGGAUGCUGUUGAAAAGAUUAAGAAUACAAAAUUUGCUGAAAUGGAAAAGCGGGAGGAAAUCCGUGCACCAAACGGGCAACCACUUUACUGGACAAAGAACAAUGUGUCGGAAGCAAUGGGAGAAAAAGCAGUGAAAAAAGUGGACACAAUGGAACAAUUGCAUCGAAUGUACACCCCAAAACAGUUAGAAGAGAUGCGACACUCGGGCUACACAGCGCUCACUCCUCGACAACUCGAUUUCGUCUAUGGACCCCGAUCACCCUACAGUAAUACCGAGGCGCUACAGAGAUUCAAAAAGUCGGAUCUGAGCCGGCCGAAAGUCGACGAGGCAAUUCAUCGAACGAUUCGUGAUGUGGCGCUUGAAAGAGUUGCAUUCAAGGCCGAUCCGGAAAAUCUCCACAAGCAACUCGACAAAUUCGACCAAUCCAAGAGAAAAGACAUCGUCUUGUCGCCGAUCGCUUUCCUGCCAGUCAUCGGCGAUCCAGCGCUCGUCUCACAGCCACUCAUUCUUUCACCGGUAAUCUUCUCAGCUCUUGUCGUUUCUCCAGCAAUUUUCGGUGCAAUCGUUCUCUCUCCAUGGCUUUUUGUGGCAGCUAUUUUAUCGCCACGUAUCCUGUCACCGGUCAUCCUCACUCCAUUCGGCUUCGUGCCGAUUAUCUUGACCCCACUUGCUCUCACUCCAGUCAUCCUAUCACCCGGAAUCUUCAAUCCAUUCGUUCUCUCACCACUUGUCCUUUGCCCGUUCGUCUUAUCCCCACAGGCAUUCACCCCACUGAUCCUGACCCCAUUCGCCCUGACUCCAUUCAUCCUCACUCCAAACGUGCUCUCUCCAAUCAUUCUCUCGCCCUUCGUCCUCUCACCAAUCAUUCUCUCGCCAGCUUAUGUCUCAGCGCUUGUCCUUUCCCCAUACGCUCUCUCACCAGCAAUCGGUUCAAACGGAGCCGUCGUCUCAGUGGUGGCCUCGCCGAGUUUCUUGUCG